UUCAAAAACCAACAAUGGCGAUCAGUGGAAAGUCCCGUGGCGCCAAGCGUUCGACUUCAGGUUCAUAUGCAUCGACUGUCACCACUGUGGUCUUCGUGACAUUAUGCCUUCUGGCAGUUUGGAUGCUCACUUCCAACACUGUUUCGUCACCACAAACCACCACCACUACCACCACUGUUCGUACCGCCGUCACCGACGGAAACGGAGACGAACAAAUCACCAAGGUUGGUGAAGAUAAAGAUAAAGCGGCGUUUGAAGAUAAUCCCGGUACACUUCCCGACGAUGCUGUCAAGCCUGACGACGAUAAGACCAGCGAAUCUGAUGAAGAUAAAGGAAAAGACUUGGUUGUUGAAGAAACCCAACAUAACUUACACGGGAAAGAAUCCGCUGAAGAACAGGAGAAGCAGAAACUGAGGGAAACUCAGUUAUCUGAGGAAAGCGUGUUGACACAUAAUCAACAGACGAAGCAAAUUAUCCCCAACGAAGUUGAAGGUAAUAAGCAGACGAGUAAUGAAGAACCCGUCAAGGUUAAUCUUGAGGAAAACAACAAUAUCAACAAUCUGGAUUCUUCAGACGAUCAAGAUCAAAUCCGAGCUGUCGAGAAGCAACAAAUUACUGAGAAACCAAAGGAAAAUCGAGGUGACAAGAAGAAGAAGAAGAAUAAGAAGAAGGGAGACAUGGACAGCAAUAAGAAGAUGAAGGAAACAACAACGAAGAACGUGAAACCAAAAGAGGAUGAUCCCGCGAGAUUGAAGAACGACAUAACGGAGAUCGAAGAUGAACCGAAAGGAAACAAGCAAAAACAAGAGCUGCAAAUGCAAGACGAAAAACAGAACAAAAUUCUAAAUGCAACGGAAACAGAUACGUUCCAGAAUUUACCGACGUUGAACCAGGAAACAUCGGAGAAAGACACCCGAAGUGAAGCUCAGAAUCAGGAAGCUCGGCAACAGAAUGAAUUGAACUCCGACGAGUCGUUAGGAAAUUCAAUUCCGAAAGAGUCCAUCGAAUCGAAGAAGGCAUGGAAGUCGCAAAAGAUUCAAUCGGAGAACGAGAAGGAGAGACGGAGAGACGAAUCCGAUGGCAAAAACAGCAUCUAUGGUUACACUUGGCACAUAUGCAACCACACCACCGGUCCCGAUUACAUACCGUGCUUGGAUAACCUGAAAGCUUUGAAAAAAUUAAAAACCACCAGGCACUACGAGCAUCGGGAGAGGCAUUGCCCUGAGGAGGGUCCAACAUGUUUAGUCCCACAUCCAGUGGGAUACAAAAAGCCUAUCCCUUGGCCUAAAAGCAGAGACCAGAUACGGUACCAUAAUGUACCACAUACUAAACUAGCUGAGUUCAAAGGGCAUCAGAAUUGGGUUAAAGUGAGUGGCGACUACUUGAUUUUCCCCGGUGGUGGCACUCAAUUCAUCCAUGGUGCCCUCCACUACAUUGACUUUCUCCAACAGGCAAUACCCAACAUUAAAUGGGGUAAACGCUCCAGAGUGGUCUUGGAUGUUGGAUGUGGCGUUGCAAGCUUCGGAGGGUAUCUUUUCGAUCGAGAUGUUUUGACCAUGUCCUUCGCCCCGAAAGACGAGCACGAAGCUCAAGUUCAAUUCGCUCUUGAACGUGGGAUUCCUGCCAUAUCAGCUGUGAUGGGGUCUCAGAGGCUACCGUUUCCUUGUAGAGUCUUUGAUUUAGUGCACUGUGCACGGUGCAGGGUGCCCUGGCAUAUCGAAAAUGGCAUGCUUCUGCUAGAACUGAAUCGUGUUCUUAGACCGGGAGGAUAUUUCGUCUGGUCGGCGACGCCUGUCUACCAGAAUCUUCCGGAGGAUGUGGAAAUUUGGAAGGCGAUGUCGGCCCUUACGAAAUCCAUUUGUUGGGAACUUGUGACCAUCAAAAAGGACAAAUUGAAUUCCAUCGCAGCCGCCAUCUAUCGCAAACCGACCUUAAACGAAUGCUACGACAAAAGGCCGGAGAAUAAUCCACCAAUGUGCGAUGAAAAAGAUGAUGCAAAUGCUGUCUGGCAUGUACCCCUGAAGGCAUGCAUACACCAUGUGCCGAAAAAUCAGGACGAAAGAGGAUCACGAUGGCCCGCGAAUUGGCCUAAUCGGCUGCAGAAAGCUCCUUACUGGUUGAACCGAUCCCAGAUGGGGAUUUACGGGAAACCGGCUCCUCAAGACUUUGCGAAAGACUAUGAACACUGGACUCGAGUCGUGAGCAAGUUGUACAUGAGCGGAUUGGGAAUCAGUUGGUCUAAUGUAAGAAAUGUGAUGGACAUGAGAGCUGUGUAUGGAGGGUUUGCAGCAGCUUUGAAGGACAUUAAAGUAUGGGUGAUGAAUGUGGUGAACUUCGAUGCUCCGGAUACACUUCCGAUCAUCUACGAACGUGGCCUUUUCGGAAUAUACCACGACUGGUGCGAGUCAUUCAGCACUUAUCCGAGAUCAUACGACCUCUUGCACGCCGAUCAUCUUUUCUCCAAGCUGAAAAACAGGUGCAAACUCCAGCCUGUGCUGGCGGAGGUCGAUAGGAUCGUCCGACCGGGCGGGAAAUUAAUCGUUCGGGACAAUUCGAAUGCCAUUAGUGAAGUGGAGAACUUGUUGAAAUCACUGCAUUGGGAAGUUCAUUUAACUUUCUCCAAAGAUCAGGAAGGAAUACUGAGUGCCCAGAAAGGUGAUUGGCGGCCUACAACGUAUAAAGCUGUCAUUUGAUGCAUCAAAAAUCUGUAUUUCGAUCAUGAUUUUUAUUAUGGUUAUACCAUUCCUA